GGAAGUGUCGUCACGUCGCUCCCCGACAUGACGUCACUACUGUAAGGAGACAAGUCCGCCUUGGCUAACGCGGAUCCCACCUCCCCCAUUCAUUGCGCUCGUAACUCGGCGGGGGGAAAAGAGAAAAAAAACCUCGCGUACGUGCGUGGCACCAGCCUCGUUGGCACUGCCGGCCGGAGUUGGCGGGGGCGCCAGCGUGUCUCUCGUGUCGCCGUCGCAGCAGCUCGAGAUGGCGUCAGGAGCCACGCGGAUGCAGAAGCUCUUCGAGUUCAUCAAAGUUGUCGGGCAGCUGAAGAACGUCAAACGGACUGGAUGGAUCUACAGAAGGGUGCCAGACCCAGAAAGUGUGGCUGACCACAUGUACAGGAUGGCCAUUUUGGCUUUCCUCAUUCGUGAUGAGUGUCUCAACAAGGACAAAUGCAUGAAGCUGGCUCUGGUGCAUGACAUGGCAGAGUCGAUUGUGGGGGACAUUGCACCAGCUGAUAACGUCAGCAAGGAGGAAAAACAUCGCAGAGAAGAGGAUGCCAUGAAACACAUUUCAACCUUGGUAGAUGAAGAAAUUGGAAAGGAACUUUAUAGCUUGUGGGAGGAGUACGAAUAUCAGAGGUCUGCGGAGGCCAAGCUCGUGAAGGACCUGGAUCGAUUUGAGAUGAUCUUUCAGGCGUACGAGUAUGAGCAGACUCACCAUCGUCCGGGAGAGCUCCAGGAUUUUUACAACUCCACAGAAGGGAAGUUCCAGCACCCGGAGAUGGUUGAGUGGGACGGCGCCUUGAGAGCCUUGAGAAGCACGGGCGAGCAGCACGGCGCGGAGGGACAAUCGGCGGCGGGAGCGACGGCCACCCAGCCGCAGUGUUCCAGGGCGGGCCUCGGAUUGCGGACAGAGCCUGAGGGGCAGACCGACCAGCCCAGCCCUCCGUACCGGUCCACGCGCAACUGAGCGUGCGGCACUUUUGCACCGGUCGUUUAAGAAGCAUGCACAGCCACCGCCAGGCUCGCCUCGGCUCGCACAAGAGUUCCGGGGUGGUUGACUUGUAAGCCGAUUCGCAGCAGCUCACGUUAAUGCCACGUUCACGAGCCAGCCCCGUUGAUAUUGUGGGACCAAUUCGUGGCUGGUCUGCAGAGCGUGACGUCACAGUGGGAUUGGCUCGUGAAAUGCGUUUAAGGACGGUGUUCACAUGCCUCGGGUCAACAGUCCUCACAUCUGCUAUCGCUCGGAUGCCAUUCCAUUCCGGCAUUCCUUGUCUGCUAUUUACCUCGGCCGAUAUGUAUAUUGUUAGGCGUUUUCCACGUUUGUGAUCAAUAGACAUUGAGAGCUGGAUUAAAGGUGGCUUCUGAAGGAAAUAGUUUGAAGAAUACGCGAUCCUCAUUAAAGUUAGACCUUUAAACUUCUUUCAUUGCACACAAUGUGUUAUUUUACAAAAAAAGGCAAAAUGUGGUACUGAACAUUAUUUUAAUUUAUUUUAUCCUAUGAUAACUAGUGGGUAUACAGUUGCUGUGAUAUUGAGGCUAGCUAAACAAUGCAAAAUUGUGUAUCUUAUAGUUUUUUUCAUGACCACCCCCCCCCCCUCUGCACACUUGGGGUUGUGCAGUUGUUGUGAAUGGCUAGAAAAAAAACCUGCUCCAUUCCAUUUUCACUGCAAUAGUGAACAAUGCAUGUCAACGCUAUGGGAGGUAUUUAAGUAUAUUCGUUGAACAUUUUCACAAUUGUAUUCAGAAUGAAGCAACAUCGUAAUUACACUUCACACCUUACAAACUUUGGUUUCAUUUUGUAGACAUAUAUACACAGCUUUAAUUGGCGACUAAGCAGUGCCACUUAAUGCCAGGUGUUUUGUGGAAAACAGACGGCCCCUUGUGUUCUAAAAUCCCCCUACACUGUGAUGUGUGGUCGAUGGUGUUAAUGUUUAUUGCACUGAUGUACUGUGACUUUCAUUGCACACUAUUUGCCACACUUGACUUGGUUUGCGUGGUAGUAAAACACAAGAUGUAUUUUUUUUUCUCUCGGCUGAAUGGAGACUUGGUGUUUCGUGUCCGGUCUGUAUUCACCGUAGGUUUUCAUCGAGCAAACUUAACAAAAACGUGUGGCCAGCAAAUGCUAAGUGUUCAAAAAAAGAAAAGAGACUUGGCUUUAAGCGCUGCUGUAAUCGCUUUGGCAAAGUGUGAAACGUCAGCUCUCAAUCCUGAAUAGUGUACUCCUUUUGCUGUAGUUCGUACACAGUGCUUGUAUAUAUGUAUCUAAAAUGCCAAAAGUCACUUUGUGUCUUACACAAGGUAUGCUGUCACAACAAGUUAAUAGUAAAUAAAUUGAAUUGCGGAGCUAAUAUAUGUUGUACACCGGCUAUUUACAUAUAUGUUUGAAUGUGGUAAGAAUUUAAUUGAGAUUACACAAUACGAAUUUUUUUUAAAUGAAGAAACAUUGUUACUUUUAGUAACAGUAUUGAUUAUUUAUUUUCUGUCGGUUGUUGCUUUCAGCGGGUUUUAGUUUUUUUUUGUUUUACCGGUGUUGCCGUUCAAGUAACCCUGCACGAUUCGCUGCAAGAGUGAUAGUUUAUAGGUUCUUCCUGGCAGCCUGUGCCCACUGACAUUGAAAAACAAAUAUAUUUAACUGGAGUAAGUAAUCUACUUUUAAAAUAACAUGUUUAGACAAUUGGGAGGUAGGCAGAGUACAAAACCACAGCCCGACCUGCAACAUUUUCACCUAAAUGGGGGGUGGGGGGGGUGACGUGGGAUAGCGGUACAGCGUUUGCCACUUGCUGCAGAGGUUCACAAUUCGAAUCCAGAUGCUGCCCUGAUUAAUACUGUGGGUGUAUGAACCGCAAAAAUGCGCCAUCUGGUUCACACAGUGGACGUUAAGGAUACCAUGAUGCCAUUCGCAAGACUUGGACAAUCAUGUGCAGUGGCAGUCAAAACUUGGCAAAUUCGAAAUUUAUCCACAAAUUAUUCAAUUCGGAUUACACACAGAAAUUGUCACCCCCUACUCGCAGACUAGCGUAAUAGGUGCGAUCAGAAACGAAACCUUUUCAUAGAAUGUUUCUUUCAGAUUCGCGUAUAAUCUGAAUUAAGUGAAUGUUCACGUAUAAUCCACCCACUAAUAUUUGUAGUACAGUUAUCACUGCGUACACAGUUCUUAAAAUACUGUGUUUCGAAAACGUUACCUUCAUAUAUUUAUUUUAAAAAAGCAAGUAUUUUUAAGUAAUGUGCUGAAAACUAAUGGUGUGAGAUUAAGCAUUGUUAAGAAAAUUUUAUUUUGGAAAUUGUGUGGUGCGCUUAUGUAAAGUUAAUGAGAAAGCGUAUUCAACAGUGUUUUAAUAGCUCCGUAUUAUAUUAGGUAAAUACAUCCAUUCGUAUGCCAAUCGUGACCAAACAACGGAGCAAUAAUAAAAUUGUGGUGUGUGGACAUUAAUACAUUUAGUCUUGCUCAAACUAUGUAUUAAAAGUGUGAAGGUCUACAUUCCUUGUUGCUAAAAUUUCAUGUUCUUACUCUGCAUUAAAACCACUACUUACAUUACCAUACUCGGUGAUAUAAUUACACAUUCUUAAAUAAACCUAGCAUAUAUAAAAAAUAUUAGAAGUAAAUAAACGUUAGGUAUCAAAUUGUUAAUUAAACGGUGCACAUUGUGUUCAUGAAACGUAUAUUAAGGAGGAGUCAGUUAACGGUGUAGUUUAAUAUUUCCGCGCAAUGCAUAAUUACGUUGCUGCCAUGCAUGGGUUUGUAUUUUCUGUUUUAAAAGUUUAGUAAAAAAAAUUCUCCCAAAAUCUUGUAAUCUUUUUAAUUUGUAUUGAAUGUGGAAAAGCUGUUUUUGUCGUGUAAAAUGGAAUUGGAAGCGUUAAAUCGACGUGGCACGUUUCACCAAUUUUUUCGGUGUGUUGAACCUCUGCAGAAGGGGUUGCAAGCUUUUGCAUUAUUAUUUUGUGUUGCAGCAAAAAACAAUGAAUGUGCUUGGCGGAGGUAUUGGGCCGGCAUAAACACCAGGUCUUUUGGGAGCCUGUUUGAUAUGCUACACGAUAAACCAGGGCAUGCUUUACAGUAAAUUCCUAUUCACCUGUUAGACCUUAUAAUUAAUUGAGGUAUUUUCGUAAUGAGAGGUCUGAUUAAGACCGAGGAGGAGGGGAUGAGGUGAAUUUGGGUCGGCGUUUAAUGCAUGAAAAUGUACCACAAACUCUCACCCCGCGUGAUCUUUUAACGCCAAUUUGAAACAUUUCCCAGGUGUUGGCUAAAGCUGCUUGUGAAUCGGCCCCAUUGUACAAGUUGGGGGUCUGCCUUGUGUUUCCGUUGCUGCUCAUGGGUCCUGCCAGGGGACAUCAGUUUAACGUUAAUUCCCUCAUCCUUUGUAUGUCAAGGUUGGGCUUCGUUUGACAAACUACCACGCAAGUCCCGCACAUGAGUUGUGCAGCUUUGAUCGGGGUGAUCCGUUAUGGGUCAGUGUUGGUUACGUGACUGACUUGUGAACAUCUCCGGCUGUAACUUGAUAAUCUCGCAGCUAACUCCGUGCAAAAGUGUUCGAGAAGUCCGUGGCAUUGAGCUACUAGAAGUUGUACUUAGAGACGAUGUGCAUAAGGUUAAAAACAUCGAAUUAUGUGUGGGCUACAAAUUAGUGACGUAAAUAAAGCGCUCGUUUCAAGCAGUCGUGACGUUUGCACAUUUUAAACACGUGUGCAGUAGUUGGGAUGCGCAGUACGUUCACAGUGAUGUGGUUAGUCACAAUGUGAGAACAUGUUUAGCUUUAGUUCAUGCAGUGGCAACGUAGAAACUCAACUCAUCUGUGAAUGGCUAUAUUUCGUUUUUCCAACAUUUUUACUUGGCAGGGAAAGAGCAGGUAUUAGCAUUCAGGCCUGACUUGACCUGUUGCUGAUACUAUCAGCCAAGCCAGGCAAUCAACACCUCCGAUUAGCAUGGUUGGCUUCGUACAGUGCGAAAGAAGUUCAAUACACAGUUUGUACAAUAGAGUUUAAGCAAAUAUAAAACCUUGUUCUGAUUAUAGUUGACAAUUGGGACUGCAUGAACUGCCAAAGUUGUUAAUUCUAAGUGAAAAUAUAGGUUUAAAAAAAUGUCCUGUACUUGAUUUUCAACAUUUAAAUAAUUCGCUCCUUUUGCUUACAACUAUCUGCUGAUUUGCAUGCAAUUUGCAUGUGAUUCACUCUUGGAAGGUUUGCCCCGGGUGUGUGCCCUUGAAUAAACAGCGUUGGUUAAUUGAUUAUAUGGUAAGGAGCUGAAUGACCACUGGGUAGUGCAAAAGAGCAUGCAUUGACUUGGCUAAUACGUUAGUGAUGUUCGGUAUUGCAUCGAUCUUGUGCAGACCGGGAAAAGGCUACUUUGUGGUAUAAUUGUACCACCUGGAUCUCCUUAUGAUUAUUAACAAGGUGCCUUUGUAUUGUUUUCUUUAGAAAAGGUACAACUGCUUUACCGCACAAGCAUGUUCUACUCUUAAGUAAAGACUUUAGCUGCAGUGUGUGUUGCACGCACACGUCGCUCAAUUAUGUAUCUUAAAAAGGCGAAUAACUUUCAGACUUUGUUACAGUGCUUGUGCGAAUAUAUGUGGUUGGGUUUCUCAUGUUGUAAAAGUUUGCGAAUAAACAUGCAUGGUUGUA